UGGGGUUGGCGAUGGUGGGUCAUUUGGGGUUAUCCCCACGAGAAAAUCCACAUCAUCCCGCCUUCCCGCUUCUUCUUCUUCUUCUUCUUCUUCGUCUUCUUCUAUCUCUAUCUUCUUUUUUCUCUAUUUCCUUUCUUUAGAGAGAGAAUCUCACUCUCUCUCUUUAGAUUGUGACAUUCGAAGAAAGUCGAUGCUAAACACUUUUAUCGACUAUGGUUGCUCUCUGACCACAGAAUUUACUUGCUAGCUAUGUGUUGCUGCUUCUUCCCUCGACAUGGACACCCCUGAGAAGACCCAGAUCACCACUUCCCUUUCUAAAUUCGAGGAUUCCCCUAUCUUCAACUACAUCAAUAGUCUUUCUCCAAUCAAGCCAGUAAAGUCGGUACACAUUACUCAGGCAUUACAUUCACUUAGUUUUGGAUCUCUUCCGUCAAUUUUCACUUCUCCCCAUCUUAGCUCUAACAAGGAAUCUAGGUUUUUAAGAAGGCAUCACUACUCAGAUCCCUCAAAAUCUGAGUUCUCAUCUGAAAAUGGAAAUAAAGUCAGCCGUGAUGAAGGGACAGCUUUGGAUGUUGCUCAGUUGUAUGAUAACUCAGCUGAGCUACAGGAAAAUUUUAAUCCAGGGGCGUCUAUUGGAGAAGUUUCUGUGGAACCUCCUACUGAAGAUCUGAGAUUUGCAGUUGAGCUGCCACGGAGGUUAAAUUAUGGUUGUGGGAGCCCGGAAUAUGAUCCAACACCUCGUUGUGGUCCCCAAAUUGAUUGCUCGUCAGAAUUGGCUGGCAUCUCUCGAAAAUGUUCACCUGAACGUGAAAUGCAUCUACAAAGGGUAUACCAGGCUGAGCAGAAGAAAGAAGCAACAGAUUGUGAUUGGGAGAGUUUGAUAUCAGAUUCUAAUGACCUAUUAAUUUUUAAUUCCCCAACUGACACAGAGGCUUUUAAGGGGCUAAUGCAGAAAUCACUGGAUCUUGGUACUAGUUUUUCUGCUUCUCUUGGCGAGGUACAUAAAGUGCAAAUAGGUCCUUCAACCCAACCUGGAGAAACUAUUGUGCCAAAGGAAAUAAACCAGAAACGGGACAACCUUGCUGACAAUGGCAAUCCAAAUGAGUGCACUACUAGCAAUCCAAAUGAGGACGUGGAUAAUGAGGUGGGAAUGUCCGCUGGGGCUGUUUCUAAGGCAGUUUCUAUUUUGCAUCGAGGCAUACGAAGGCGUUGUCUAGAUUUUGAGACGGCAGCAGCUCGUAGGAAGAACUUAGGUGAUAGUUCAAAUUUAACUACUUCUGUAGGAGGGCAAUCUGAUGAGAAGAUUGCCUCCAUAGAUAAGCGAUUCGUUCCUUUUAAGCCUGGCAGUGAUUCUUCAAGGUGUGUUUUACCUGGAAUUGGUUUGCACUUAAAUGCUUUGGCAAUAACUUCCAAGGAUAGCAAAAAUGUGAAGCAUGAAACUUUGUCUUCUGGAAUAAGUGUGCCCAGCACUGUUGCUCCCUUUCCCUCCCAAAAUUCUGGUCAAGAACUUAAUGAAUCGUUGUCUUUAGCUUCUACUGACAUAGACAUUGAUCCAACUGAAAAUGAAGCUCCAUUUGUGGAAGAUGUUCCUCAGGCAUCUGCUUGUUUAGUUACUGAAGAAUUCAAUCAUAGUAGCGCCAAAAAGAAGAGGCGUAAGUUGGAAGGAGAAAGUGAAGCCUGCAAGCGUUGUAACUGUAAGAAGUCCAAGUGUUUGAAACUUUACUGUGAGUGUUUUGCUGCUGGUGUCUACUGCAUAGAACCAUGUUCAUGUCAAGAAUGCUUCAACAAGCCUAUUCAUGAAGAUACUGUUCUUUCAACCCGCAAACAAAUUGAAUCUCGCAACCCACUUGCAUUUGCUCCAAAAGUGAUUAGGAGCUCUGAAACUGCAACUGAAGUUGGGGAUGAAUCCAGCAAAACCCCUGCUUCAGCAAGACAUAAAAGAGGAUGCAAUUGCAAGAAAUCUAGUUGCCUAAAGAAAUACUGCGAAUGCUACCAGGGUGGUGUUGGAUGCUCCAUUAACUGCAGAUGUGAAGGGUGUAAGAAUGCAUUUGGUAGAAAGGAUGGAUCUGCUCCUGCAGAAAUAGAAGCAGAAGCAGAAACAGAAGAUGAAACAGAAGGACAUGAAAAGAGUGGGGUUGACAAAAUUUCACAGAAAACUGAAAUCCAGAAUAAUGAAGAGCAAAAUCCAAAUUCUGCUCUUCCCAUGACACCAUUAGCGUUUUGCAGAGCCAGACAAUUGCUUCAGCCGCCAUUUUCAUCAAAGAGCAAACCACCAAGAUCUUUUCUCAGUAUUGGAUCUUCUUCUGGAUUGUAUACUAGCCAAAAAUAUGGUAAACCCAAUAUUCUCAGACCUCAACCAAAGUUUGAGACACAAGUACAAACCAUUCAUGAUGAUGAUAUGCCUGAGAUCCUCAGAGGCAACUACUCUCCAAGCAAUGGCAUCAAGACUUCUCCCAACAGCAAGAGGGUCUCUCCUCCUCACAGUAUUUUAGGAUCAUCACCUGCUCAAAGGAGUGGCCGGAAGUUGAUAUUGCAAUCCAUUCCUUCAUUUCCUUCUCUCACUCCCCAGCAUUGAAAUGAAAUCUUUCCCAUGAAGAUUAGAUGAAAUUCUUUAAACCUUUGUUGCUUUCAGAUGUAGUAGUUGAGCGUUAGUUCAGCUCUUCUUGUACAAUAAUAUGCUCUCUUACUCUUGUAAGUCAUAAUGUUCAAGCACUUCAAGUCAUUGUAUAAUAUGGUAAUUUUUUUUCC